UGUCAUUGUCAAUGUCAAAAUAGUAAGCGGCGACGACGGCCUCAUUUUGUCGUUGUAUUUAAAAGUUCUAAAAUUUGUGAACUUACUAACAUGUCUAACAAAAAGAACAAAGAAAUCGAGAUAGACGACAGUGAGAGUGAGAAUGAAAACGAUUCUGGUAGCGAUAGAGACUCAGAUUUAGAUUCUGAUGGCAAUUACGUCGGAGACAAGGAGCUCCAAGCAGACUUUGAAGGCAGAAACCCUGAAGACUGUGACUACCACGGCAUUAAGCAACUCCUGCGCCAACUCUUUCUCAAAUCAAAUGUAGAUCUAGGAGGAUUAGCACAGAUUAUCAUAUCGCAAAACUAUGUAGGCAGUGUAGUGAAGCAAUGCCUGGAUGAUGGGCAGGAUGAUGAAGAUGAUGAUGAUGACGGAAGUGAUGGAGUCUUUGGAGUCACCACUGUUAUAAAUAUUACUAAGAGAAAAGAUGAAAGCAGUAUACAACAAAUAAGAACUCUACUGAUGACACUUGCAGAAGAAAAUGCAAAUGACAAGACAAAAGCAUUAGUUAAUAAAAUACUGUCGGAUGAUGACCGUCAUGUAGGACUGGUUAUAAAUGAAAGGAUCUUGAACAUUCCGGCAGCCAUUAGUGUACCACUCUUCGCCUCACUCCAGUCAGAAUUAGAGAAGGCGGUAAAGAGAGAUAUGCCUUACACAUUCCAAUACUUGAUAUGGAUAUGUAAAACAUAUAAUACUGGAGAUGAUGGUUCAGAAGUGUUGUUUGCGAAUCAAGAAGAAAAACCAUUACUAGAGGAAGCUUUAGCAAGUUUUGAAGUGGAUGUGACGGAACAAGCAGAUCUGUCACAGUGGGACUAUGAAGGAGGUGCAUUGACGCCCUGCAGAAAGGUUCUCAUAUUCGACGGCAGCAAGUUCAACAACUUGGUGCGACUUCUUAAGGAAGAAGUGGAAAAUGUUUAGUUAUUGCCUUCACAACAUGCCAUAUAAUUAAAAUGUACUAUUGUAUUUAUACUUUAUUAAAUAAUGUAAGCACA